CAUGGAGUGUCAAAAGCGUUCAUAAACAAGUAGGCCUGCAUUUUGCAAAAGUAAAUAAAUGGCCUUACGGAAAAUAUCCGAGUCAAGAUGGUUGUCUCUUUUUGGAAUAACUUCAUGCAAUAAUUGGCUAACUAAUUAGGAUUGUGCGAAGAGCUCCCUACUUCCAAAGUCAAGGGAUACCAGCACCAUGGCAGAGACACCGAGCGUCCAGCAGCUGCUUGACUAUCAGACGAACCAUCCGAACAAGUUGUUUCCCGAUAGAUCAGAAUCACCGCAGAAAACCAAGGUCACACCAAGGUCAAAGCAACUACGGUACUUCCAGAAGCAAAAUCCGGGUAAGCUGUUCCCAGGACCAUCUGCCACACCUGACACUUCAGCUGAGACGCCGACUAAGCGGUUAUUGUAUUACCAGAGAGAAAAUCCCAACAAGUUGUUUGCCGGCCCAACUGAUUCCUCAGUUCAACUUGCAGAACAUGCACGAGAAGGACCAAUAUCGAAUCGCACGCAACUUCCAAGUAAGAGUUCAGAAGCCCCUUUGACAGUACGUCAAUCAUUGGAUGAACUUAUCAUCAAACCAGUCCUAACCCCAGCAAAGUCCCCAGGGAGCAAGGACCGAGACUUGUUUAAGAAAACUGGUAUCAAAUUGAAGCCACAGCAAAUUCCCAUCUGGUCGCCCUCGAAACCUGACUCCAUCCUCCUCUACAAGCCAUCGAGAGGAGAUGACUUGGAGAAACUCAAGAGGGUGGCUGAUGAUGCCAUUGGCAAAUGGUAUCCAGGCAAUUCUCAAAUAUCAGCAAUCACUACAACCGAUAGACAUCCUAAGCCUUUAACGGAAUGGAAGGAGGAUGACCCGCAUGGGUUAUCAGUCCUGUUCAUACCAAAAGGUGCUCUGGAUCUGAAGGUCGAGGUGCAACAUCACAACCGCUACUUGGAUAUAGAUUUGAAAUGGAUGAUACCAAUCAAAGCCACGCAAUCAAUGAAGGUGUCACAAUUGAAACAGGAGAUCGAAAAGAUAGAGGGUUUCCCUGUAAAGCAACAGGACCUUCUAUUCAAGGAUCGUUGCCUACAAAACAAGGAACGGUUAUACACCUACCGCUUAAACAACCACGAACCUAUUGAGUUGAUCCUGCAACCACAGUUUGACUUGAGCAUAACUGUUCAGACAUUCUGGAAGAAGGAUUACACGCUACGGCUCGAUAGGUGUGUCAGAGUGAAGGAAGUCAUAGGUGCUACAUUGUGGGAGUUGUUCAUGGACAAAGGAAGCAAACAGACAGUGUUUUUGGUUAAGUCAUUAGUCCGUCAGAACAUCCUUUGUUUGGAUUACCAAGGCUGCAUUUUGCCAAACUUGAAUGGUCUCAUGUUGCACAAAGUGCAGAAUGGGAGCUUCUUGAACCUCUGGCCAGUGAACAGAGACUCCAAUGUCAUGUCUCAACUUGUUGAACUCAAAAUGGAUUACGAGGGCCGGCAUGAGUUUCAGGUGCCUGUGGCGCCAUCAGAUACCUGGGUGGUUGUUGCCAUGAAAGCGUUCAAGGUCACUAGAAUUCCCAUCGAUAUGAUGAAACUCAUCACCAAGAAGGGUCCAGUCGACCUUAAUGCAUCCGUCGGAUUCACACAGACUAACAAACACCAUGUGACUAUUGUAGUUAAUGAACAGUUCGAUAGGUGGAGCUAUCAGUACCACCAAGUGAAAAUCUGCUAUCGAGGAAUAAAGAGACACCUGCAUUUCAAUGUGUUAGACACUGUUGCAGAUAUCAAGCAUUGUUUAGCAUGCACAGGGUUUCAUCAGGCCAAGUAUUACACAUUCUUUGUUGGUCAGAUUCCCCUAAAAGAAAAUACAGUCAUCUCAGGACUUGAUCUCAAAAAAGGCGAUAUAAUCGAAUUAGAGUUGGAGGUUUUCCCAUUCUUUGUUCACCUUCAGGGUAAGGAGUACACCUUGCUGGAGGAGCAUCAGCUAACAACCUUAGAUAAAUUCCAGAAGGGUGUAUUUCAACAGAUCAACAGGCAGGAGAAUAUCGAAAAUGUCCUCGUUCACUGUGGUCAAAUUCUUCGAAACGAUUCAACAUCACUUUUUACGACAACCAUAGGGGUGAACUCGGUCUUCUUCAUUGACAUUGAAAGUCAGUGUCACAAUUUGGAGUUCAGAAGACCAGAUCAUAAGAAGUUUUAUCUGACUCUACCAAAGCCUGCAAAUGGAGAAAUAAUUUGGGACAUCGUGAAGAAAUGCAAAUAUCUGUAUGACAACAGUAAGUAUGCAGUUGUACUGUUACUUAACUGGUUACUGACGCCACGAGAAAAGGAAGCAAAUUGUCUGACAAUGUUGCAGGAUCCGCAUACACGGCCACGCAGGAAAGAUCCACUCCAACCGAAGCGAAUUGCACAACAUAUCUGGGAGGAGUUCAAGAAGGAUUUAUCCAAGUCAAAGCGGCCAAAGGAAAAGCUGAAUAGCGAUGGCCUUCCAGUUAUCCUUGACCCAGAUGAGGAGUUGAGGAAUAGGAAGCUGAAAGAAUGGCCAUUCGAGACAGCACAGCCAAGGUGGGUCAAAUUCCCUGCUCUGCCCUCGCAGACUGGAUCACUCAACGAUACGCAGAAAAGGAUCCAGGAUGAGGAGUAUGCCAAGAAGCUGUUUGAACAGCAGAGUAAGAAGAGGAGAAAGGUACACAUGUAUGAUAAAUCUCUCCAGGUAGACAUGGACAAGGUUGAAGAGCAGGAGGAUAGACGUCGUAGGAAGGCAAAGAAAAUUAAAGAAGACUCCGGUCUUGGUCAAAUGCAACGCCUGUUCACGACAAGAGAAGAGAGGGAGGCAUUUGAGCGUGCCCAGCUGGAGGCCCAGGGACUGCUGGAGGAAGAGGAGGAGGAAGAGGAAGGAGACAAGGAGGAGGGAGAUGGAGAGGGAGUCGGAGAUGGAGAGGCAGAGGGAGAGGCAGUGGCAGAGGCAGAGGCAGAGGAGGGUGAGAAAAGAGAGGAAGAAAAAUUUCCCUUAAAAGAUGAAGUGGCUGCAACAGAAGAUGAAGGUGAAGAGGGUCCAAAAGCAUCCGAAAACAAUGGUGAAAAUGAAUCACAACAAAAUGGGGCUGAGGGAAAUCACCAAGAUGGGGCUGAGGAAGAAAAAGCUCAAGUAGAUGAGUCCACAGUAGAGGCUCAAGGUGAAGGUCAACGGAAAGCACCCAAUGAGAAGGUGGUAAAUGUUGAAGAUGAAACUCAACGAGAAGAGGCUGGCGGAGAAGGAUCACAAACUCAUGAAGAUGAAGAGACUCCAGAAGAGUCUCCACCAAAAGAGAGGGAGGUUGACGAUUUUGGGAGACCGGUACCGACAACAGAGGGAGAACCCGAGCCACGGGUAAUGAGGCAACGAGACGCACCUGUUGAGAGGCAACCACCUGCAACGAGUCGCGGACUUGAUGAAGAGGACUCGCAGGUUAAACGAGAGGUCGACGAAACUGGCCGACAAGCGCCCACGAGGGAUGGAAAACCUGAGGAGAGAAAACCCCAGCAGAAGAGAGUGAGAAUUGAGCCACGUAAUGAGAGGGGAGAGGGUGUGAAAAGAGACAUGCCUGAGGAGGACAAUGAUGAGGAAGGGCCUGCAGGUGAUUUAGACCUUCCGAGGAAGUCGAUCAGUGCAGACACUUUACUAGCGAUACAAAAGAAGCUACGGAAACGAAGACAGACAUUGGGUUUGGUUCUCCAUGAUUCCGAGUUCAGUGAAGAUGUUGGCAAAGAGUAUGAACAGAAGGACAAGAUGGUUGUCGAUCGGAGCCAGGUGACAUCGGAAGAUGACAGAACAUCUUUUGUUAGGAUACUCUACCCACGGCGUAUCAGAGCAGCUAUUUAUGAAGAACUCGAUGCUGAACCUGCUAAACCAAGAAAAGGAAAAAAGACUAACAAGAAAGUAAAGUUUGUGGAUGAAGAUGAGAAAAGAGGGUAUUGGCGGCCUAUCUUGCCGAUCGUGAAUUACCAUGAUCAUCCAAUUUGGGAGUACCGUCCAUCCUUUCAGGUACAACUUGAGUUGAAAGAGCAGGCUGCGAAUGAUUUGGAAAAGCAACAGCACGCUGAGCAGCUACUAAAAGAAGCUCAGGAGAAGAAGGAAAAUGCCCGGAAACCGGCAAAGAAAAAAACACCUGUAGCAAAGGAGGACAAAGCAAUAUAUGGUUUGACGACUGAAGAGAAGGAGACGGAGAAGCCACGUACAAGAGGUAGCGAUGUGAGCCAACCAGCUAAAAAGACAACACACAAAGAAGAGGAAACCGAAAGUGUGACGGUGAGCUUAGAUAAGCCUGGCCGCAGUGAUUAUAAAAAGCUCAAAGAAAACGAGAAACGACAAUGGAUGGACAUUGAAGAGGUUCCCAAGUAUGAUCGAAAGAAAGCUCGGGAACGACAACAGCAAAACAAGAGGGAGUCGCAACGUCCGUCAAGGAGUGGAGGGAAGACCACUGCUAAUGGAGAGCCAGAGCAAACUGAUGAUCAACCUCGAAGCGUUGAACCAAAUGCGCCAAAUGAUACGGAGGCAGAGAAGACUGGUGAAAAUGAUAAGACAAAUUCUCAAAGCAAACUUUAAGAGGGCCCCGAAGACCAACAUGCAAGGGGUACUGCUAAAUAGUCAUAAUGGCGAAACUUCUUCGUUAAGGGCAAGAGGAUAGUUGAGUCCUUAGACACAGUUUUCAAAGGGUGUGCACAUGAUGCAUAUCAAACUGGGGUUUUAAAGCUUCAGUCACUGCAGCACAGUAUGCAGUGACCUAAAGAAACACUAGACAUUUUCGUACAUGACUCUAAGGAGACACAGAAUAUCAAUUGUGGUCUCUUUAGAAAAGGCCUACAAAGAGUGUUUUGAAUUCUGGUGCUAAGAGGACAACUGAAGUAUCUGUGAUAACACAAUUUAUAGUGAGUUGUGGCAAAUUUAACAUUUUGGGCAAAACUAAUAUGGUACCGUGUGACGAAUCGAUAUUGAUUUUAGUGUGAAGUAACAAAAUUUGUGACGUGUCCAUAUCCAAAAUCAACUCAGCUACAUCAAAACGAGGUACAAUUUGCCGACUAGGAAAAAAUAGCAGCCUUGAACGAUUUGCACUAUUUUUGUGUUUACGUUUCUCAAGAGUGAGAGACUGUUGAAGUGUUUGUUUUGGUGAAAUAGGCUAAGCUGAUAAUAUGAUUAUGUGUGUGAUAAAAAAACCAAAGUGGUGAAAUUUAGUCCUUUUCUCUCUCAAUACUAAUACUACACUUGGAGGGGUCUAUAAUUAUUAAACAAAUCAAAUUUAGGCCUUGUUACUUCUAAAAAAAGUGUAAUGAAAAAAAAUGUGAAAAUUUCUGUCGAAUAAAAUGAAAAGUGCAGGCAGGUUAAUACUGAAAAUAUCAAGGGAUAAAUUAAUGUGAAUCGCCAAAUUUCUGCGCCUCUGUAUUUUAGCGAUUUUCAAAAAAUUCUUAAAUUUCUGAAUUUCCAUGAUAUUUGAUAUCGCCGAUUACCAAAUGUGUUAUGGUUUCCCAAAUCAAAUAUGCUUUCGGGAAUUUAUAUUUUUGCCAAUCCAGGUUAUUUUCGCAAAAAUUCGGCGGUUAAUGGUACAUGUAUUAUGGCACAGAAAUGUGAACAAUAGUUCUCAGAAAAAUGACACUUUCAUCAGAUAUGUUUUAAAAGACACGAUGACCUAUAACUCCAAGUCGUAAGACUAAUUGAUGGACCACACUUUAGCAUGUGGUGACAGACGCGAAUGCAGACGAUCUAAUCUUCAACUUACCUCAAGU